GUCAAAAACCGCUCGUUGUACAUAAUUCGACGCAGAACGUUGCACUAUUCCAGUAGAACUGUAGUUUUGAUAAAGACUUCUUCUAUGUCCACAGCGUCCAAAAAGUCAAAACAAAUUAACAAAAGAGACAUACAAUAAGUACUGAAAGAUAAACAGUCUUUCAUAAAACGGCGGGAGACCAAAGAGUCAGGGUUAACCGACCGUUACAGGAACAGCGCGCUAAGCAGAACUGAUCAUUUUCAACGCUACAAAUUGGCGUGCGCUCUUAGCUAGACGCACUUAGACACUAACGGCCAGCUGGCAAGAUCUCUCUGUAAAGCAUAUCAGACGCUUGAAGGCAAAAUAUUCUGGAGAAAUUCAGCAUCGUUUUGCACAACAGUUCAAUCUCAGCAAUACGUUAUGAUUUCCGUGGUGUGUUCCUUGCUCUGGCUCUCGACUGUUCUAAAAAUCAGCAUGGGCGGUCAAAUGGGCCCCACUACCCCUCAGCCGAGUGAUUUUACUCAGUGUCGUUUGAGUGACGAGCUAAAAGAGGAAUUUGUGGACUUUCACAACAAGUUCCGUGGAGAGGUACAGCCAAGUGCAGCGGACAUGGAGUACUUGGAAUGGAAUGAUGAUCUUGGUAACCUGGCACAAAUGUGGUCGGAUAAGUGCGAGUGGAUGCAUGGCUUUACCAAGUUCGGGGCGUGGUACCCAAACCAAAUAUUCCGAAGCAAGUCUGUAGGUCAAAACUUGGCGCGUGAAUGGGGCAAGUGGAUUGAGAACAAAGAAGCCGGGCCGGAGGACUCCGUGCGUAGAUGGUUCAUUGAAAAGAGUUAUUACACGUUCGGAAAGUUUGCCUACCCAAUGCCAUCGUGGAUGUGCCGCAAAGAACCUUGUGGGCAUUACACACAGGUUGUGUGGGCAAAAAGCAAACAAGUUGGCUGCGCUUUUAGGUGGUGCGACAAAUACUUUGGUCAGCCUCACCCCUGGGUUCCUGGAGAGACUGUUGUGACCUGCGACUACUACCCAAGCGGUAACGUAGUUGGACAGCUUCCCUACACACCUGGUACUCCAUGUACCAAGUGUGCCAGUGGACAGGGAUGGUGUUACAAGAAUCUUUGCAGAGAGUGCAAGAAUUUUAGCCCCAAAUGUGGCUCGACGUACACGAAAAGCAUGUGCCUCACAAAGAGAGACUUGAUGGAAAAGAACUGCCCACACAUGUGCAACCUCUGUCGAUGUCCUUUGCAGUGCAAGAAUGGCGGGCAGGUCGACCAAAAAACCUGCACUUGCACGUGCUAUGGCAAGUGGAAAGGCGCGGAUUGCUCACAGAAAAUCUGUGAUCAAGGAUGGUAUGGGGAGAACUGUGAAAAACGGUGUUUUGACAAAGUGGGAACAGACACGUGCAAAUGGCGGGUGCAGAACGGUCACCCAUGCUCUGUGGCUUACAUGAAACUGGACUGCGUCAAGACAUGUGUUUGCGAUCUUUUGCCAACACCAAAUCCCGCCAAGCCCACCCCCAAAGUCACUGCCAAACCUGUACCUACCCACGCCACCCCAUCAACUGGGGAAGCUUGCAAGGACGAAUAUCACUCACCCGAGAAGUGCCAGGGUUGGGUGAAUGCUGGACUCUGCAAGAAAGAUUCUAAGUACUUUACCUGGAUGAGAGAGAAUUGCAUGAAGAGCUGUGGUGUUUGUGCAUGCCAAGAUGUGUACAACACUGCCAGCUGUAAGCAAUGGGCACAGAACGACGAAUGCAAGAAAAAUCCUGUGUGGAUGGAGGUGAACUGUCCACGAAGCUGUCUUGUGUGUGAUUGCCAUGACAAAAACGCCAAUUGUGGUGAAUUUGUCAAGAGUGGAUAUUGCGUUAACAAAUAUGCUGUGUGGAUGAAAGAGAAUUGUCAAAAAAGUUGCAACAAGUGCUCUUAGGGCUGAACAGAUCAGCUGUAUUGCGUAACUCGUUACCUAAUAUAUAGUUAACUGACUUUGUUUUCUUUUUAAAGAUUUGUGUAGUCGCAAUCACUAAAUUGUAGAAUGUCAGCAUUGUUCGUGCGAAACAUGAAGUCACUUUGGAAACGUGUAUGGAACCAUGAGAAGCAAAGUAAGAUGCUGUCUUUCUCGUAGGUCAGUCUUGAACCUUGUAUAUACACUGUUUGAGUUUAAAAAUGACAGUAAUAAUAAAAAAGAUUUCGAAAUCUAUA